CCCACUUCUAGGAACAUCUGUAAGAUAUCGUAGAGAAGGUUGGGUGUUGGAAUAUUGAUGUUAAUGAGUUAAUCGCCGGAAUCAUUGUUCAUCGACAUAUCCGAAAUCCUAGACAGCAACUAUCCAUUGACUUCAGGUCCAAUUUACGCUAUCUUACAUCUCUUAACUCGAAAUACUUUCUAUACGAAAGUUAUAGCCUUACAUCUUAGGAAUCCACAGAAUCAAACGGUUUGCAAUUCCGUGAAGAAACGAUGGAGAUGUGCCAAAAAUACCGGAGGCUGUCCAAUUGUGACGAGAUUGAUAAAGUUGGUGAAUUUCGACGUUGUUUCCACUCCCGCUCAUCCGUAAGGUUUCGACCUAUGAUUUCCAGGUAUGUACCUUUGCGUUAGACUUGUCGAAUCAUUCAUCACAUACAUACAUGAACAUAUAUGUUAUUCCAUAUGUUAAAACCAUUCCAAAAUAUAUAUGUGAUACAUAUAUAAGUUAUCUAUAUGUUGAGAUCAAAAUUCACCAAAUCCAUAAAGUUAAUAUACACAUAAGUAAAUAUAAACUUUGGAAAUCAACCCAACAAUAUGUAUAUGUUAAUCAAAGGUGCUUAAAAGACUUAAAGAAGUAUUUUGGACACUUAAAAUAUCAAGAGAAAGAUUCGCAGACCCAAACAGUCGACGCAAACGGUCGACCGUCGCGUUAAACAUCGAAAUGGACCCCGACUGUCAGACAAACGGUCGACCUCCAGUGGCCAACGGUCGACCGUCGCCUGUCCAGCCAAGUGCCGCCGUCCACCUCCAGUCAACAACGGUCGACCGCCGGUCAACCGCGGUCGACCGUCACGGUGAUCCACCAAUCCGACCUGAUGAAGACCAAGGUCGACCGUCGCGCCAAACGGUCGACUGUUCUGAGCCCCGUAGCUUAAUUAAAUGAUAUUUUAAUCAUGUUUCAUCCAAAUAAACUAAUGCAUGAUUA